GUUCUUCCGCCGUUCCGCCACUUUUACCGCUCCUGUUGUUCUUUCCGUACGCUUUUGGCUUACGACAGUUUGCACACACACGUAAUACUUUUCAACACAAGUUUGCCGGUUCCGCUCGGCAGUUGCCACCACUGCCUGCCGCGAGCUUCCGACUCGGAGUUCCGUACGACGCAUGCGCACCCUCGUCUCGGUGUCCCGACCAGCCCACACCGACACCGCUUAGUCGCAGGUCGCUCCGUUUACUCGUGUCCGUCCGGAGGGCACUUUCGAAUUUUCGAUUAACCGUCGCUCACGUCCGUUCCACGUGUCUGCGAAUUUUGCGUUUGCAUUUUGCGCAAACGUUGUUUUCAUUAGAUCUUACACGCAAUACUCAGUAUAGAUUUUCCAAAUGGAACCCAUAAGACCUUCAAGGGGAAAAGCCCGUGGACGUCCUCAAUUUCCAACCAAUCAACCAGGUGUACCAGGUUUAUCAAAUUUACCUCCUCAAGGAAUAAGAGGACCUCGGCCAUCCAUGUCACAGCCAAUACCUCCUUCACAGCCAAUACCUCCUUCACAGCCAAUACCUCCUUCACAGCCAAUACCUUCUUCACAGCCACCAGUUACGAGUACAAUGCCACGUCCACCUCGUCCAAUGCCACCACGACCUACUGGCGCAUCCCAGCAAAGAGCUCCUAGACCACUAGGUCCAAGACCUCGGAUGCCUGGUGAUAAUAAACCAAGACCUGGGAUAUCUGGUGAUAAUAUAUCAAGGCCUGGAAUGUCUGGUGAUAAUAUAUCAAGGCCUGGAAUGUCUGGUGAUAAUAUUGCCCUUAAACAACAAGACCCUAUGGCAGGAGUACAACAAGUUACGGAAGGUCUUAAAAAUUUGGGUGCAGGAGAUGGACUAGUUCCGUUAGGGCGCGGAGCAGUACGAGGGCGAAGGCAGAUUGAUCUUGAACAUUUUAGGACACCAAGACCUCAAUCUUCAUUAGGCGAUAUUGGAAAACGAGGAACUUCUGGACAGCCAGUAAAACUGUUGGCAAAUUACUUUCCUAUCACUUCAUAUACAAAUUGGUGUUUGUACCAAUAUCGAGUUGAUUUCAAUCCCGAAGAAGAUAGAAUUAGUACUAAAAGAGGACUAUUAGCUCAGCACCGAGAACGUUUGGGAGGAUAUUUAUUUGACGGAACAAUGUUAUUUUCUGGAAGCCGAUUUGACCCACCUACUUUUGAACUUACAUCUACACGUCGACAGGAUGAUCAAAUUGUAAUCAUAACAGUGAAGUUCACAAAUAUUAUAGAAACCGGUGAUUAUGCUAACAUUCAAGUUUUCAACUUACUCUUGCGUAAUUGUCUUCGACAUCUUAAACUGACGUUGAUUGGAAGAAACUUUUAUGAUCCUGAUGCUAAAAUUGAUAUGGCUCAACAUAAGCUACAACUUUGGCCAGGUUAUGAAACAACAAUUGGCAGGUAUGAAGAUAACAUUUUACUGUGCGCUGAAAUAUCUACAAAAGUCAUGCGUCAAGAGACUGUAUUGGACUUUUUAAAUCAGUGUGCUAGUGAUAGGAACCGUAACAAAGAUUGGAUGAUUAACUUCAAAAGUAGUGUCGUUGGUACCACAGUUAUGACAAAAUACAAUAAUGAAACGUACAGAAUUGAUGACAUAGAUGAAAAUUCUGACCCUAAUUCUGAAUUUAGUAAAAAAGAUGGGUCCAAAAUGACUUACAUACAAUAUUACAAAGAAAAAUGGAACAUAACUAUUCGAGGUGGCAGACAACCUAUGUUGAUUUCAAAAAAUAAAAAAUCUGUUAGACGAUUUGGAGUUGAAGAUACGUUGGUUUACCUUGUUCCAGAGCUAUGCAUUAUGACUGGUAUAACGGAUGCCAUGAGAAAUAAUUUCACACUUAUGAAAGAUAUGGCUAUACAUACCCGUGUGAAUCCUAAAGAACGCAUGGAUAGAUUAACAAAUUUUGCAAAUCGACUUCUUUCAACUCCUGACUCUGUUACCGAAUUGAAAAGAUGGAAUCUGACAUUAAGUAAUAAGUUGGUUGAACUCACUGGUCGUACAUUACAACCAGAGCCAAUUCAAAGUCGUUCCAAGGGUUAUAAUGGAGGUGAAGAAGCUGAUUGGACAAAGCAUUUACGCUCUUUACCAAUGUUUACCUCUGCCACUGUGAAGCAUUGGAGCAUUCUAGCUCCUAAAGACUGUUGUCGAGAAGUAGAAUCAUUUGCUCAAACUCUUGCCAAAGCAGCACAAGGAAUGACAUUUUUACUACCCAAGCCUGCCAUAAUUCCUAUGGUUGAUGGGAGAUCCAAUACGUUUUUGAACGAUUUGGAAAAAGUAAUUAAUGAAUCAAAUCCGUCAUUGAUUUUAUGUGUCAUUCCAUCAGCACGUGGUGAUAUUUAUAGUAUGAUCAAAAGGAAACUAUGUAUUGAUAGAGCAGUUCCUUCCCAAGUCGUACUGUUGAAAAAUGUGCAGAAGAAUAAUUUGUCUGUUUGUACAAAAAUUGCUAUACAAUUAAAUUGUAAACUUGGUGGUGCCCCUUGGUUAGUUACCAUUCCCAAAAAGGGGAUGAUGAUAGUUGGUUUUGAUGUAUGUCAUGAUAGUCAGCGCAAAAAUAUAUCAUUUGGAGCUUUAGUAUCAACUAUGAAUGAUGCUCAUACAAGUUACUACAGUUGUGUGGAACCUCAUGAAAGCGGAGAGGAACUUUCUGUUCAUUUUGCCACAGGCAUAAGCAAGGCGUUGGCUAAGUAUAGAACUAAAAAUGGUGCAUUACCUACUUCCAUAAUUGUUUAUAGAGAUGGAGUUGGAGAAGGCCAGAUUUCUCAUGUUCAUAAAACAGAAGUUAGACUUUUGCAGACUGCCUGUGAACAAUUUUAUGGUGCAAGUUCUGUCCCAUUAGCGUUUGUUAUUGUCACAAAACGGAUUAGUGCAAGAUUUUUUGCUCCUAGUAAUAGAGGCCCUGAAAAUCCUCGACCCGGAACUGUAAUUGAUAGUGUUGUUACAGACCCAACUAAGUAUGAUUUCUUUUUGGUUUCACAACAUGUAAGACAGGGAACGGUAACUCCUACACAUUAUCAAGUGAUUGAAGAUACCCUUAGACUUCCUCCUGAUAUAAUGCAGAGACUUACAUUCAAGUUGACUCAUAUGUACUACAAUUGGUCGGGUACAGUUCGGGUUCCUGCUCCAUGUCAGCUGGCCCACAAGUUGGCAUUUCUCACUGGGCAGAGUCUUAGGCGUUCGCCCAACGUUGGACUGGAUGAGCUGCUAUACUUCCUUUAAUAUAUUUUUUUUUAUAAUGUGUCAUUCAACUUUGAUUGAUAUGUGUAAUAAUAAUUUAUUUUAUGAAGAAGUUUUUUAAUUUAAUUUUGUUUAACUUCUAAAAGUGUUAUGAAAGAAUACUUUUUUAUUUUUAAGUAAGUUACUUAUUUUUUUUAUUAUUCUAUAAUUUUUAACUGUUUUUGG